AUGGCUUCCCUAAACGAAAACGACCAAGUUCCCUUUCCAGAAGCAACAUCUCGUCCUCACACCAGGGCUUUCAAUUUCAAGAACCGUAGCGUUUCCCUCUCAAAUUCAGCUGACGGAUGUGACAACUCAAAAGUGGCUUUAGGCUACACAGUCCCUAUUCCAACACAGAGAAGACCACCUCCACUUGGUCCUCUUUACUCUACUACUGAACCUCCUGAUUACUCCUCUACCGUUGAUGUUCCAUCUGAAGAUGAAUCCGUCUUGACAAAUGCAAAUCUCUUGAAAUCUAGACAACUAGGGUUGUGUAAUGAACCUUACUGUACCACUUUUCCUUCUUACUACAAUCACCAACCUGCUGAAUUUCACACUUCCAGAGUUUCUAACUCCAGGUUCCACACUGCUCUGUAUGAUGAUGCUAGAGGUUGGGCUAAGGGUUUUGCUUCCUCUGUUAGUAAAUGCGUACCUGGAAUCAUGAAUCCUCAUUCCAAAUUCGUUCAAGACAACAAAUGCAUAGAGAUUGAUUGGGCCAAGACUAACGUACUGGUGUCUCUUAGAAGUAUGUUUGAUCUUAUAUUCUUCAUCAACAUUCUGCUUCAGUUUCGAAUGGCCUAUGUAGCUCCUGAGUCUAGAAUAGUUGGUGCUGGCCAGUUAGUUGAUCAUCCAAGAAAAAUUGCUUGCAAUUACUUGCGAGGCAAGUUUUUACUUGACAUGUUCAUAGUGUUACCCAUUCCACAGAUAAUGAUACUAUCGAUAUUACCACCACACUUAGGCACAUCCACGGCAGGAUCUGAGAGAAACAUUAUACGCAGCACAUUUCUAAUACAAUACAUUCCAAAGUUGUAUAGGCUUCUUCCUCUUCUUGCUGGCCAAACACCUACAGGGUUCAUAUUUGAGUCGGCUUGGGCUAACUUUGUUAUUAAUCUUCUUACCUUCAUGCUUGCUGGUCAUGCUGUUGGAUCUUGCUGGUAUUUUUCAGGACUUGAGAGAGUAAAGAAGUGCUUGUUGCAUGCUAGGAAUAACUCGGUGGAUGAACUUAGGAAUCUUAUAGAUUGUGCUCGUGGGAACAUCUACUCAUCGGCGUCACAACGAGCUCUAUGGAGAAACGAUGCGAGUGUCAAUGCUUGUUUUCAAGAGAGUGGUUUUUCUUAUGGGAUCUAUGUGAAGGCAGUGAAUCUUACUACUCAACCUAGUAUCUUCACAAGAUUCAGUUACUCUCUGUUUUGGGGAUUCCAGCAAAUAAGCACGCUUGCUGGAAACCUAUCACCAAGUUACUCAGUGGGGGAGGUUUUCUUUACAAUGGGUAUCAUUGGACUAGGGCUUUUGCUUUUUGCACGGCUUAUUGGUAAUAUGCACAACUUCCUUCAAGCUCUUGAUCGAAGGAGGAUGGAAAUGAUGCUGAGACGGCGUGAUGUGGAGCAGUGGAUGAGCCAUAGAUUGUUGCCAGAAGAUAUAAGAAAGAGGGUGCGAGAGGCAGAGCGGUUCAACUGGGCAGCGACUAGAGGAGUUAACGAGGAAUUGCUCUUUGAGAAUAUGCCUGAAGAUCUCCGGAGAGAUAUAAAACGUCAUCUCUUCAAAUUUCUCAAGAAGGUGAGAAUAUUCUCGCUGAUGGAUGAAUCAAUCUUAGAUUCAAUACGUGAGAGGCUGAAACAGAGGACGUACAUAAGUAGUAGCACGGUGUUGCACCAACGAAGUCUAGUUGAGAAAAUGGUAUUCAUAGUGAGAGGUGAGAUGGAGAGCAUUGGAGAAGACGGUUCUGUGUUUUCUUUAUCAGAAGGUGAUGUGUGUGGUGAAGAACUUCUCAUUUGGUGCCUCGAACGCUCUUCUGUAAACCAUGAUGGGACUAGGUGCAUAAAGUUGCCGCUAAAGGGGUUGGUUAGCAACAGAAGUGUUAGAUGUGUGACAAACGUGGAGGCGUUUUCGCUGAGUGUAGCAGAUCUUGAAGACGUAACGAGCUUGUUCUCGAGAUUCCUACGGAGCCAUCGAGUGCUAGGAGCCAUAAGAUACGAGUCUCCGUAUUGGAGGCUACGAGCAGCUACGCAAAUACAAGUGGCUUGGAGAUACCGAAGAAGACGACGACUUCACAGAUUAUACACUGCUCAGUCAACUUCCCGACGAUAGAUUUUAUUGUACUCUUUAUUUGUUGGGAUGAUAUUUUAGUUGGGAAAUUUAAAUAUAAAGCUUAAUGUGUUUUUUAUUCAUUAGUGAUAUGACG